CCUUCCCAGGAAAGACCCCCAAACAGUGGCAGAUGCAUUUUUAGCAAGGUUUGUUACUGUGUUCGGUCCGCCUAAAGUUCUAGUAUCUGACAGGGGACAGGAGUUUAUUGGUAGCUUAUUUCAGGAAGUAUGUAAACUCUUAGAGACAACAACAGCGCUAACAACAGCAUACCAUCCCCAGACGAACGGCAUGGUGGAACGAACUAAUAGAACGGUGAAGGAUAUGCUUGCCAUUUUAGCAGAGAAUGACCCGGCCACUUGGGAUGAACAGUUGCCCUUUGUUCAGUUUGCACUAAACACCGCAGUGCAUCAGUCAAUAAAUACUCAACCACUCUUGCUGUUUACUGGACACUCGUGUAAUUUUGCGUCAGGUCUGCUUAACAGACAUACUAUUAGUUAUGGAGAGGAUUAUCCUUCAGAAAUCCUCACCAAGAUGAAGAAUGCAUGGAGGAUAGCAGCUGAAGCAUCAAAGAAAGCAAGGACACGGUCUGCUCACAUUGCCACACUGUCGGCCAUAUCCCAUCUCUACAACUGAGGCCAGAGUAGCAUGUCACCGCUAUUGUCUGGCGGGAACCAGGUUUAGUUCCCGAGGGACAGGACGGGUCACACUACAUCACCCCCUCCAU